GACUACAAUUCAGAAUAAUCGCAUUGACGUAUUACUGUAGAUUUGUUUAUUCCUUAUUCCCAUUUUGCACGUCAUCGGAAUAAGAUAUUUAGAAAGUAUUGGGCUUUAUUUUAAGCAGUCCACAAAACGUAACGUAAUAUGGAAGAAGUUGAGCGCGCCAAAGAGGCAGCCGCCCACCCAGCUCCUGCCACAACGAUUUUUGGCAAAAUUAUCGAUGGCUCCAUCCCGGCUAAAAUCAUUUAUCGGGACAAUAAAUGUUUAGCUUUCCACGACGUCAAUCCUCAAGCUCCAGUCCAUUUCCUUGUCAUCCCUAUCAAGCCCAUCACCAUGCUGGAAACAGCAGAGGCUGCCGAUCAAGAGCUUUUAGGACAUCUGAUGCUAGUUGCCAAGAAAGUGGCUUCAGACUUGAACUUGCAAAGAGGAUACAGGCUGGUGAUAAACAACGGAGAAGAAGGCUGCCAGUCUGUUUUCCAUCUUCACAUUCACGUAUUGGGAGGUAGGCAAUUGGGAUGGCCGCCUGGUUAAAUAUAUUCUGAUCACUUCAUUGAGUUAUCUGUACUAAUGCCAGAUAUCUCAAAUAAAUCUAUCAUAACUA